AUGCUUGCUGCAUACGAUUUGGGUAUGGCAACAUCCGGUGAAUAUUUUUUUAUCAAUAUUGAUGUUUCCACUGGAUCGCAUGCGGAACGACCAUGGAUACGAUCAAACGAUACAACAUCGUUGGAAAAUGAGAAAGCAAAAAAAGCAUAUCAAGCGCUAAAAACAAUUUCAUUGAGGCGUAGUGAUUUAGAUGAAUACAAAGAUUUUGAAUUACGUGUGAAAGAACGUGCUGAGAAAAAGUAUAAUUAUUCCGCUAAAACGGGUAAAGAAUAUGAAAUGAAUAAUUUUAUUAGCGCAUUUUAUGAUGCGCUUUUACUUUACGCGAUAGCAUUAAAUGAAACACUCAGUGAGGGUUUGGAUCCGCGUAAUGGACAGAAUAUAACGAGUAAAAUGUGGAGUCGAACUUUUGUUGGCAUUACGGGGAAUGUAUCAAUAGACGAGAAUGGUGAUCGUUAUUCAGAUUAUUCAUUGCUCGAUUUAGAUCCACAACAAGAUAAAUUUGUUGAAGUAGCGUAUUAUUCGGGUGCAUCAAAUGAAUUGAAACAGGUAGCAGAAUUUCAUUGGGUUGGUGGCAGUCCACCAAAAGAUUCACCAAUAUGUGGUUGGG